ACGCCAUCGUUCACUUCGAGAGUUGAUCGCCCCUUUCUAAAACCAAACCCUAGACUCCAUCCCUCGCUCCGUAACCUCUUGUCCUCUCCUUCGAUCGCAACUGCGGGCGGAACCCUAAUCUUGUUCUGUUGCUCCUGUAACCCUAGGCCGAAGAUGGCCUCGUUGUUCAAGGACCCAGCCAAGCUGUCGGUGUACAGGGACAAGAGGUUCCGGGGCAACCAGGAGGAGUACGAGCGCGUGCUGCAGGCUUCCACGACGGUUUACAUCGGCAACAUGUCCUUCUACACCACCGAGGAGCAGGUGUACGAGCUCUUCACCCGGGCGGGAGAGAUCAAGAAGAUUAUCAUGGGGCUGGAAAAGAACACCAAGACCCCCUGCGGUUUCUGCUUCGUCUUGUACUAUUCUAGGGAGGAUACUGAGGAUGCUGUGAAAUAUAUAAGUGGCACAAUGCUUGAUGACCGGCCAAUACGUGUAGAUUUUGAUUGGGGAUUCGAAGAAGGCAGGCAGUGGGGUCGUGGGCGAAGUGGUGGACAAGUGAGAGAUGAAUAUCGCACUGAUUAUGAUCCUGGUCGAGGUGGCUAUGGAAAACUGGUCCAGAGAGAGCUGGAAGCACAGAGAGAAUUGGUAGAUUAUGGUGCAGGAGCACUGGGUGCUUUUCAACCACCGACACAAUAUGGUAAGCAUGGAGUUUAUGGCGAUUCACAUAGACAUGGUAGAGAUUAUCGAAAACGGUAUCGGGAAGAUGAGCAAUCUGCAUCUGAAAUGUCAAGAAGAACAUCAGGUUAUGAAUCAAGGAGGAACCCCGAACAUGACUUGAGACCGGAAAAGAACCCUCGGUUUAGGGAGAGUGGCGACUCUGAUGACGAAGAUGAAGACGACAGAAAAAGACGCCGAUGACAACUUAAGGGGUUUGGACUGCCUUUCCCAUCUUUGAUGGAAGUAUUGAUGUAAUGAAGAUAAUCAUUUACUCAAAAUCUAGUAGUUCCUGUUA